AUGUCGUCAACAACACAAACCAAGAAGGCCGUCCACUUCGGCGCCGGCAACAUCGGCCGUGGAUUCGUCGCCUGCUUCCUCCACAACUCCGGCUACGAGGUCGUCUUUGCCGAUGUCGCCGAUGCCCUCAUUAACAAGCUCAACGAGACCCCCUCAUAUCGUGUGAUUGAGGUUGGCGCCGAGGGCACUAACGAGAACGUCAUCACAAACUACCGCGCCAUCAACUCAAAAACACAUGAGGCUGAUCUGGUCGAGGAGAUCGCCACCGCCGACGUUGUCACCUGCUCUGUCGGUCCGAACAUCCUGAAAUUCAUCGCCCCUGUCAUCGCUAAGGGUAUUGACAAGCGACCCAGCAACCUGGCUCCCAUUGCCGUCAUUGCUUGCGAAAACGCCAUUGGUGCUACCGACACCCUUGCCCAGCACAUCAAGGAUCCCAGAAACACUGCACCCCACCGCCUUGAGGACUACCACGAGCGUGCUCGCUUCGCCAACUCUGCCAUUGACCGUAUCGUCCCUGCUCAGGACCCUGACGCCGGCUUGGACGUUACCCUUGAGAAGUUCUACGAGUGGGUUGUUGAGCGCACUCCCUUCGAGCAGAUUCCCAGCAUUGAGGGCAUCAACUGGGUCGAUGAGCUCGCCCCCUUCAUCGAGCGCAAGCUCUACACCGUCAACACCGGUCAUGCCACUGCUGCUUACCACGGUUACAACCGUAGCAAGCGUACUGUCUACGACGCCCUCCAGGACAAGGCCAUUAUGGCCGAGGUUCGCAAGGCUCUUGAGGAGACUAGCAACCUGAUCAUCAGCAAGCACGGCAUUGACGAGAAGGCCCAGCGCGAAUACGCUGCCAAGAUCAUUCGCCGCAUCGGCAACCCUCAUCUCGAGGAUGCCGUCGAGCGUGUCGGCCGUGCCCCGCUCCGCAAGCUUAGCCGCAAGGAGCGUUUUGUCGGCCCUGCUGCUGAGCUCGCAGAGAAGGGACAGGACUGCUCCGCCCUCCUCCGUGCUGCGGAGAUGGCUUUCCGCUUCCAGGAGGUUGAGGGAGACGAUGAGAGCAAGGAGCUUGCUCAGAUCAUGUCUGAGAAUGGUCCUGAGGAUGUUGUCACCAAGAUUUGCGGCAUCCAGGCUAGCGAGAAGAUUCAUCCCAUGCUUGUCGAGGUUGUCCGCAGGGUCCAGGCUGACAGUGAGGAGUGA